AUGUUUCAAAUGGCAAAAACACCGGCGCUUAGUGCAAGUUCUGACCCCAGUACUGCUCUUAAUACCAGUACCAAAGGAACUAUCAAUGAGAGAAGUGAAACGCUGCGAGCUACACACUUCAUUGCAUCUGAAAGUACUGAACCACCUUUAAAAGUCCAUAAACCAAACACUCAUGCCAAAACAAUCGAGAACAGAAUAAGCAAUAAUUCAAGUCCUAAAGAAAAAUUGAAGCCGCAGCAACCUAUCAAGAAAUUGUCAGAUCUAUUUAAGGCAAAGAAAGCGAGUGGUAAUAUACAGGCAACUAAAAUUCAAGCACCAGUUAUUAAAAUGCCACCCACGGUUGCGAAACUCCCGGAAAGAACCAUACGAGAGAACCAAGUUAAUAGUGAAACUUCACUAGAACCUCCUCAAAAUGCCAAGAAUACAAAGAUUGAUCUUCAACCAACUGUUGAAUUACAAAAAGUGCCACAACAUACUCAUUCCCGACGUAGAAGUAGCGGGAAUGCGAACCUAUUUGUUCCUCAUAAAAUAAAUACGUUGAAAGCCCUUUUUCGUGAUAAAAAAACACCCUCAAAAAAACCACCUUUAAAUGGAUUUGAAGAUGGGUUAGAAGGUAAUAAAUUGACUAAAGGUCCUCCCACUAUUGCAAGUCCAAAAAACCAAAGCCCCACAAUAAAAACUAAAAACAUUCCUCCAAAAAAACCAUCUUCAGAAAUAAAACCCACUCAUGACUCUCAAGCUAAUGCUCUCAAUGCUGAAUUACCUUUCAAAAUGGAUGGGAAUGAGAAAUCUCUCGAAAAACUGAAACCAACCUCCCGAGUAGACGAGCGAACGGGAUCAUCAAGACUACCCGAUAGUAAGACACAUGGCUCUAAACUAGCUAUUUCCAGUGAGCCGACAAAGACCAACCAAGAUCUUAGAGACAUGAAGACACCGACAGUACUAGGACCCAAGGUAAAUGAAACUAUGGUGAAAAUGGCUUUCGGGAAAAUUGUUCAUAAAGAACGUAUUUCUAGCAAAAGCACCCUUGCGAGUAAAAAAGAAGAAAACAAGCCAAUUGACUCGGAAAACGGUUCUAAAAGUUCUAAGGGUACAUCUGAAAACCAAAUUACACUUUCAACGUCUCCUCUAACCUCCCAAUAUGACCAUGACAAAUGGGUAUCGGAAAAUGUGGAAAGAAAGACGUAUCUUAGCUCGAUAGCUACACACUCAACUAAAGCUCACAAUAGUGAUACAGGAAGAAAAUCAAAAUCUUUAUCAAAUUCUUUUGCCAAACCCAAUGAUGAGAGAGAAAAGAUACCAAGUUAUAAUACAGAUAUCAACGAACGAUAUAGGCGUAAGAGAGGACAUCUAGCUGCCGAGAAAGGAACAAUUUCCCAGAAGACCCAAAAUGUAUCUUUGGAUUCACGUUCUCUUUCUAUUGUAUCUGCCAAGACAGACGCAACGACAAACGAAUCACCAGAGAGAAUCGAAAAUGGGACCGAUAAGAUUGGGAAAAAGGUUAAGACUAUCUUGUCGCCCAAAGAAACAAACGAUGAAGACAGUACUGAGGACAAUGACAGAUACAGUCCUAGUGAUAAUUUAGUAUCUGUGAAAGACAAUAACAGUGAUGAUUCCAUAACUGUAAAGCGUAGACAUUCCUUAAGAAAAAAAAUUGUUGUGGAUGAUGAAUCAUGCAGUUCCAAAGCAUCUUCAGAUGAUAUCACGUUGAAUAAAAUUAAAUUGGCGAAUACAUUAGAGCAGAAACGUCCGAACAACGUUACGAAGAGCCCGAGGAGGAAUUCAAAGAGUGAAGCCAAGGAGCAACAGAAAAUAGAGCCUUUAUCUGAGCCCAGUAUCUCAAGUGAGAGACUGAGACAUGCUACUACCACUGCCCUGAAUGCCUCCAUAAUAGAUAGAUCAGUACCUGCCAAGGCAGAUCUUAUUUCGGGUUUUCCAAACGAAAUGGAAAUCAAUGAACUCAAAACCAAACUUGCUACAAUUACAGACGAAGUUAUGAAAUACGAACUUAAAGUAGCAAGCUUACAAGGGAAGAUAUAUUAUCUAAGUAAGGAGAAUAAUGACCUCCAGAGGAUUUAUAGUUUAUUAUGUGAAGAAAUGGAACGUAUAUCAUUGAAAAUUGGUCAAAAUGAUGGUGUACAAUCAAUUUCAAAUGCCGUAUCUGUGGCACCUGUCACUGAAGUCAUUGAGAAAACGGAAGAACCAGAGACUAUCGAUAAUUCGACUAUGGAGGAGAAAUAUGAUGUUACUAUUGAUUUGUUGAAAACUGAAAUUAAAGAACUAAAACAGUCGAAGGAUAGAGCAAGCAUCGAGGUUAGAGCAGAAUUGAAUGCCUUGGAAAAUAAUAUCCUGCUACGAAUUAAAGAGUAUGAAAGAUGCCAAGAAGCGCUAGAGAAUGAACAAAAUAUUAUAGCUAACGUAGAAUCAAUCGAAGAUAUCAAUACCAUAGAAGAGAGCCCUUUUGUUAGAGCUCUAAAGGAGAAAUUGAUCAACACCCAUAAUGAAUUAAAAGAGGUUCGUAAUUUGACUACUAUUCAACUUGGUGAAUUGAAAAUAGCUCUGGAAAUGGAGAAACGAUCUCUUAAAACGGCAAAUGAUGAACUAACUGCGAAAAGAAUUGCUCUAGCUAAAAGCACCGCUUACGUCAAGCAAUCUAAGGAGAUGAUCAUUACUGCAAGAAACGAAGUUGCAGUGAAGGAUAACCAAAUUACAGAGUUAAAGAAACUUAUUGAGGAGAAAUCUAAGAAAACGACCAUUAACAACGAUCCAAGGCUUCUUCAACAAAAUAGCGAACUAGCUGUAAAAUUCUCUAAUUUGUUCAAUAAUCAUCAAGCUUUGUACAAGAUGUCUGAGCUACAGAAAAAUCAGGUACAAGCUUUACAGAAUGAAUUAGAGAAAGAAAGGGCACAAGCACGUUACAUGUCCUCGAUAUUAGCUCAACAAUCUGCAGAAUUGUUGAAAUCAAAAGAUCAUUCUCAAUCUACUUCUCGUUCUGAUGAUUACAUAGAAGAAAGAAACUGGGAAAAGAAAUACCGUGAACUUUUGGAAAUGCGAAAGUUAGAAAAACGUGAUUUCCAGCUUCAAUUAGUUAACGUUCACAAAAGUUAUUACACUUUACUAGCAGAUCGGGAACGCGGUUUUAAUAUUAUAAUUGACAGGCUAAAGAAGAAAUGUCAAAACCAAACAGAUAAUAAGCCUGAGAAUGAAGAAGAAAACAGUUCAAACCUACAAAUUUCUCCUACUAAGGAAGCAGAAAAAAGAAAAGCUGAAACAUCCUUAGUAUUAUUUGAUGAAAAAUCGACAGCCGUUUUGAACGGGGCAAAGGAAACGUCAUCAGAACCUUAG